AUGCAUCCUGCACCAUGCACGGCACUGCAUCAAAAACCGUACUCAUGCACGCCCCAGAAAUCCGGGGAAAUGUCCGAUGGAGGAAGGUCUCGUGGCAUGAAUGCUUCGCUACGGGACAUGCCGCAGUCGGCCAAUACCAAACAUGUUUGCAUCUAG